AUGGCUGCCUCGACAACAAGAGCGGCGGCACUGCUGGUUGCCGCGUUGGUGGUUCUUGCCGCACACACCUCCGCGCAAGUUUCGAGUGCGUUUGCCGGCACCUCGUUCCCACUCUCCGCCUACAGUGUCAGUCCAACCUUCACGCCCGUUACGACGUUCCCGUCUGCGCAGGGGGGCAAUCCAACGGUGAUUGGAGGUCCAGGUCCCUCGCCCGCCACCAGCUCGUAUAGCUUCUCGUACACCGUACCCACCUCCACCGUACCCGCUAUCUACCCAAGCGGUGUUUAUCAGAGCCUGGCCUCCGCGGGACUGCUGAACACCGCGAGCGAUGCAAAGGGCCUCGCUCCCGAUCCCAACCUCCUCCAGAUCGCUACCAACGCUGCAGACUCGUUCAACUUGGCCGCGGCAAAAGCCGUCUUCUUCACAGUCGCCGCCGCUGCUGUUGUCGUCGUUCUGCUCUAG